AUGCUGAAGGGUGCGGCAAGAAUUUGGUUCAGCAGGUUGACGUCCAACUCCAUCAGCACCUUCAAGGAGUUAAACGCUCAAUUUAUUGCACACUUCAUCGGGGGACAUAGGUAUAAGAAGUCUACGGCCUGCUUGAUGAGCAUCAAACAGCGAGAGGAGGAGACGCUGAGAUCCUACAUAUCCCGCUUCAAUAAGGAGGCACUCUCGAUCGACGAAGUUGACGACAAGAUACUUGUAACGGCAUUCACUAAUGGGCUAAAGAAGGGUAAGUUUUUGUUCUCCCUGUACAAAAACGACCCGAAGACCAUGUCAGAAGUGCUUUACAGGGCCACCAAGUAUAUGAAUGUUGAAGACGCGUUGUUGGCCCGAGACGAAAGACCCAAGAAAAGAGAGAGGCAAGAAGACACACGACAGGAUAGGGGGCGAAAGAUGGUUAGAACCGGAGAUCAAUGA